AACUAAAUGCAUGCAUACAAUUGCAUGCGGAAAAGUAACGCCCAACCUUGAAACCCGACGAAGUGGAUGAGAGCAGAGCCUCAUGCGAUGGAUACUCACAUGUAUAAAUGGCCCAAACAAUUUAGCAAUACCGUCGAUUUAUGCAUAGGUGAUCAAGAUCAUUUUGUUGCGCUUGUCAUCCAGCUACCAGAGAAAAACCAUGUCGGAUCCCAAUAACUACACAGUUGGGUGGAUCAGCGCCAUCGAAAUCGAGUACGCUGCUGCGCAAGAAUUUCUCGAUGAAGAGCACGAAGGGCCAAGGUUGGCCCAUCAGAACGAUGAAAACCACUAUACGCUGGGCAGAAUUGGAAAGCACAACGUCGUGAUAGCAGUUUUGCCCCGAGGAGACAAUGGCGUGGCGGCCGCAGCAAUGGCCGCAAAGGAUAUGAUGCAUUCCUUUCCCAACGUGAGGGUAUGUCUGAUGGUCGGCAUUGGUGGUGGCGCACCUAGCAAAAAACAUGAUAUACGUCUUGGAGAUGUUGUUGUCAGUGUUCCAACAUUUUCCGGAACUGGUGGUAACCAGGGUGGUGUGAUCCAAUACGAUUAUGGGAGGACGAUUCAGGAGAGGUGCUUUCAAGGUGCAAGAUACUUGAACCGGCCACCUAGAGCUCUUCUCACUGCGGUAAACGGACUCAGCACAAAAUAUAAGAGAAGGGGGAAUGAUAUUGACACAACCAUUAAUAACAUCCUCCAAAGAAACCGAAGGCUACAGAGAGAAUAUGGUCGGCCAGCUCCAGACUCGGACAAACUCUAUUCAAGCGACCCUGUCCAAAAACCAGGCACCGAAGCAAAAUUAAUAGAACGGCCUGAGCGGUCUGAAAUGGAAGACAACCCAGCAAUUCAUUACGGUCUGAUUGCUUCGGCCGAUGGCUUCAUGGAGGACGCUCAGAUUCGAGAUAUACUUGCAGAAGAACUUGAUGUCUUGUGCUUUGAAAUGGAAGCUGCAGGAUUAAUGAACAGCUUCCCGUGCCUAGUAAUUCGCGGUAUCUGCGAUUACUCGGACAGACACUGGUUCAAGGAGUGGCGAGGCUAUGCAGCCAUGUCGGCAGCAGCAUACGCAAAGGCACUCCUCGAAGCGGUGCCAGCGGGCGAUGUCGAUAGAAUGCAAACAAUUAAAGAUCUUCUCCCGCCUGAGCUUAUGGAGAAAGCAAAACACUUCAUCGCUCCACUUUGGGAUGAGAAGGGAAAAGAAGCCAUUUCUGGCUGACCUUGAAGAGACUCAGACAAAGGACAGAAGCAAAGAUCAGCGCUACCAUAUGCCUCCAACCCAAGCAGCCGUAGCGCAAUCACCAAGUGUGGGAGAUAGUGACUCUGAGGAGGCUCAGGAAAGUGACACAGACGAAGAUCAGUGCUACCAGAUGCCCCCCAAUCAAGCAGCAGCAGAAACGCCACCGGCUGAGAAUGGCUUCACUAACAGCCAGAGUGACAUUGAGCAU